UCUAGAUAGUAAUGAAUAAGAGGAAAAGACAAAUGUGCUUGAGGGACAGACAGCAGAAUCAUUCAGAAGAGUGGGUUCUUUGAAGAGUAUCAUUUUGUUUCAUCUCCUUUGGAUCUGGACAUAUUACUCAUAUUUGAGUACAGCUGUCCAGGUUUGACAGAAAAUCUGGUGGAGUGUUUUGUUCUUUCAAAACCACAGGAGAUAUCUUCAGUGUUUGUGUCAGACUGUGGCCAUGUCGACUGACAGUCUGAGCUGCAUGUCAAAAGAGGUGAAUCCAGAGAGCGUGGAGCUGUGUCCUCUGGGCACGGCAGCUGCCCCUGAGCAGGAGCUGCUGUGUAUCUUUGGGACGGGGGACUUAGGGCGCAGCCUGGGCCAGCGUCUGCUCCAGACUGGCUACAGAGUGGUGUAUGGCAGCCGCAGACCUCACAGCUGCGGCCCCUUGCCUCAGGGAGCUCAGGUGAUGAGCCAUGCAGCUGCUGCCCAGUCAGCCAGUAUGGUGUUUAUUUGUGUCCACAGAGUACACUACAACUUCCUGGAGAUGCUUGCACCUCAUCUGAGGGGGAAGGUGCUGGUGGACGUCAGCAACAACCUCAAGAAGAAUCUAUACCAAGAGGCCAAUGCUGAGUAUUUGCAACGGCUGGUUCCUGGAUCGCAUGUAGUGAAAGGUUUUAACACCUUGUCUGCCUGGACCCUGCAGAACGGACCUUCAGAUGCCAAUAGACAGGUUUACCUGUGUGGGAACAGUGCUGAGGCAAAACAGGCAGUGGCAGAAAUGGCCACCAAGCUGGGCUUCAGUGUUCUGGACCGGGGGUCUCUGUCAGCAGCCAGAGAGCUUGAGGACUUCCCUCUGCAGCUGUUCCCAGAGUGGAGGCUGCCUCUAAAACUGGCCUUUGGCCUCACUGCCUUCUUCUUCUUUUACCUGCUUAUUAGAGAUGUCAUCUAUUCGUAUGUUGAAAAGAAGACCGACAUCUCCUUCAGAAUCAUGGUGUCCCUGGCCAACAAGGUGUUUCCCAUUGUGUCUCUCAUCAUGUUGUCUUUGUGUUACCUACCUGGUAUCAUAGCUGCUGUCCUCCAGCUCUACAGAGGAACCAAGUACAGACGCUUCCCUGACUGGUUGGACCGCUGGAUGCUGUGCAGGAAACAACUGGGACUGCUAGCACUUGGCUUUGCCUUUCUUCAUGUGCUCUACACUCUCAUCAUCCCUAUACGAUAUUAUGUGAGAUUCAAGAUUUCUGCAAGCACCAUUUCACAGAUCAAAGAGAACAAAACCAAAGAGUUUGACACCACUACGGCGUGGCGCACUGACUCUUACUAUGCUGUGGGGAUUCUGGGAUUUGGCCUGUAUGUCCUGCUGGGAAUAAGCUCUCUCCCUUCGGUCAGCAAUGCUCUUAGCUGGAGGGAGUUCAACUUCAUACAGUCCAAGCUGGGCUAUGUGACCUUAUUCUUCUGCACCUUUCACACGUACUUGUAUGGCUGGGACAAGUUUCUUCGCCCCUCUUCCUACAAGUGGUACACUCCUUCGGGCUACAUGCUCGGUCUGGUGGUGCCUUCUGUGGUGCUGGUUCUCAAGCUGCUGCUCCUUGUGCCUUGUGUUGACCGCAGCCUCACCCGCAUUCGACAGGGCUGGGAGAGGACCCAACCAGAUGACGACAACAAGACAACACUGCUAACAUAGGAGUGUCAGACACAGAUACAAAGACCAUGCACUGAAAACGUGACUUGCCUUUUAAGAGUUCUGUGAUCAGAUAACUCCAGCUCAUUUCAAUGUCAUAGAUCCUAUACUUUACACCUACUGUUCUGCUCUCAACAGAGAAAUUAGAUUGAAACUCCUGUUAGAGUCUCUUUGCACCACCAUGUUGGAAUUGAUCCAUUUUACAACCAUAUUACAUGAUAUAAUGUUACUGUCAAUGUUCUCAGCAGUUCUAGAAAUACCUUGGACCCACAUACAGGCAUAGACACACACAUUAAACUGAUAUACUGCAUUUCAAGCAGCAUGACCUUUGUCUUUGUUAGUUUAAUUGCCCCAUGUAUAUAACUCUCUUUAUGUUGGGCUAUGUUUAUUGGAUUUAUUUUUCAUCCAGUUCUGUUUUUACUUUUGGAAUUGGUUCUCAGUGUUUUUGUUCUUCUUAAUUAAUGUUCCAAUAUGUAAAGUGUAACCACUGUGAAAUGCUCUUAAAACAAAAAACUUCAGUGCGACUGAA